AUGGAAAUGUCCGAAAUCCCUCGUCGUCCGUCUGAUAAGACCGAGCCUUACCACACGCGACCUUCAUCGCCAAGCACGACGAAUGACGUCGAUAUCACCGAAAUAAGAGACAAUUUUGGGUCGCAUGAGCGUUUGGUUUCUCCAAAGCAAGAUUCGAACCCAGUUUUCAUUCAACACGUCUCGCACAGCACAGAGCUUCCGAAGGCCAACUGGUGGGAGAGACUCCUCCUAACCCGCGAUCUCUGGAGCCCAACUUGGAACAUUUAUCUCUUUUGCAUCAUUGGAAUUGGUUUUGCUAUCGGCCAUCACGUCUUCUACGCGUCGCUUGAAGGCAAGAUUGUAUAUGGCGAUGACCAGUUACUCAUGCUCCGCUACGGCACGGCUCUUGCGUUCGCCGCAAAAGCUAGUCUUGUGGCUUCAGUCCUGACAGCCUUUCGAGAGCAAAUGUGGGCUACUGCCAGAUCGAGAAUGAUAUCGAUUUCUACCUUGGAUGAUAUGUUCGCAGCACCAGAAACGCCGCUUUCACUUUUGAAUUUAGAAUUCAUUAGCAAGGCCAAAACAGUCGCGGUUUUGGCGUUGUAUGAAUGGCUGUCUCCAUUGAUAGUGAUUCUAACGACGAACACACUUCUCGCGAAGCCUGCCCUAGAGGUUCAGCAGACCAGUUGCCCUGGCGUUCGAACCCUCAACUUCUCUCGGGAGGCAACAAACGAGUUCCGAGACGGGCUGAAGAUCGAUGGCUAUUAUCGGCUUUCAGUCAAUCUUUGGAACACCACGAGUGUCAAUGUGACCGACCCUUCAUUCUUUGAUUAUUGGGCAGGACCCAGCGACCAAGGCAAGGAGGUGUUCCAGGCAGCGACGACCUUGAAGCGCCCAUUCACCAAUAUAGACGAUACUUUUGCGGUCUGUGAAAAGGGGUGGAACUGCACUGCUGAGGUUCAGUUCGCCGGGCCUGCGUACAAGUGUCAAGAGAUGGCAAGAGGGGUAGGUGCGACAGUUCGCAGUCUUGAGCAGGAAUCAGGCGUAACAAAACCCCCCUUUCCGUUCAAAAGACUUGCGCCCAUGGGAAAUUAUACUUGGCAUGUCCAUGCAACGCUAGGAGACUAUACGAACCCGCAACUCAACGAGCCUGUAGUAUGGGUGGGAUAUUCGGAAUAUCUCAAUACGUCUCUUUCGAGCAACGACACCUCUAACAUCGAGGCGUGGGACCCUGUUUUGAUAGCAUGCGAGCAUUAUGAGGCUGCGUAUACUGCAGAGCUCAGGUUCAUAGACGGAGCACAGGUUCAUCGGAUCAAGAGCCGUAAACUUCUAGCUCCUCUUAUCAACACCACCUUGGUAGAAGGUAAAGAUGCUAAUGACGGUACAACCGACAACACUACCGCAACCCCAGAGACCAACUAUAUAUUACCAACAGACACGGAAAUAUACCGCAAAACUGCGGCAUAUCACACUAUCGGCUGUUUCUUUCGUCACCAGGUGAAUGGCUCCAUUUAUCAGCCGUGGACUGUUGUCGAUACUCGUGCAAUUUACACAAGUUUGAUAGACAACAGGUACUAUACCGCUGUUCCGAAUCUUCGAGAACGUUUGGAAGAAUAUUAUGAGACAUUGAUCUUGUCACUCUUUGGCGAUCCAAGAUUUAUAGCCGUGGGGUGGGCCGCAAAUCCAAGCAUGAUGGCGACGUCAACAACUGGAACCAACUAUACAUAUCCAUGUACGCGUUCGCGACCCGCCAUCGCGUAUUACUAUCGCGCUCGAAUACUGGCACUUGUUUAUGGUAUGGCUGUAUUCCUCGCAAUCAUGGGAGUGGCGGCUGGGACAAUUGCGCUGCGGAAGAAUGGUGGAGUCUCGAGGAACACGCGGUUCUCCAGCAUUAUGGCGGCGACCAGGGCAAAAUCUUUGAACCAUAUAGACUGGAAUGGGCCACAGAGGGAUCGCGGACACAUUUCCAACGACGUAAUGCGACAGAAGCUUGGAUAUGGAAAAUUGAGAAGCUACAUAAGCGACGAAGUACAUCGAGAUGGCUCUCACGAGUCGAAGACGGCGGAAGCUCAUUAUGGGUUUGGGUUUGAAGGGGAAGUGGAUCAGACACCAGCAGUGAGAUCACGACGGGUCUUUCUCACAAAUACAGUAGACGGUUAG